UCCUUUGCUAAAAUGGAUGGCAUUACACCUCGACUCUUUUACGUAUCAGCAAUGGUUUUAUCAUGUUGAAACUGUGAUGUUAUUCUCUCUUCCAGCAUAUUGCAUCAGGCUAGGUGUCUGAUCGAGUGCCUGAGUUUAAAUAUAGGAACAUGGACCAGCUGGCUAUAUGCUAAUCGAUGACUGUACCUGCUUAAUCGUGGGAUUUUGUAUUUGUUUUAGUUACUGUUUCGCCCUCGAGCCAAAUAAAACCACGUAUUUAAUUACUGCCAUUUAGUAUCAACAGAGCUGGAUACGCGACCUGAUAUCAUACCUGUAACUACCACGCUUUUGUUGGGACUGAGAGUGUGUUUUAGUCGACUGUUGUGUUUUCAUAUCAAGUCAAGUUUAAUCUUCAUCAUGCCUAAAGGAGGGAAAAAAGGUGGCCAUAAAGGUCGCAUGAGAACCUACACAAGUCCUGAAGAAAUAGAUGCUCAAAUGAAAGCAGAAAAAGAGCGAAAAAAGAACGAAGAAGAAGAAGGUGCAGCAGUGAACGACAACCAGAGCGAGGACAAACUGACAGCAUCAGGUUCAGAGGACAGUGACGAUGAGGGCUCUCACAAAAAGAAGGGUGUUGAGGGUUUGAUAGAGAUUGAAAAUCCUAAUCGAGCCGCCCAAAAAUCAAAGAAAGUCACAGACAUAGAACUCGAGGGUCCCAGACAGCUUUCCAGAAGAGAAAGAGAAGAGAUUGAAAAGCAAAAGGCCAAGGAGAGGUAUAUGAAAAUGCAUUUAGCAGGAAAGACAGAUCAAGCUAAAGCUGACCUCGCUCGACUCGCCAUUAUUAAAAAGCAACGCGAGGAUGCUGCACGGAAAAAAGAGGAGGAACGUAAAGCAAAAGAAGCAGUGCAGGUGGCGGCAGCAGCGGCUAAAGGACUGCAUAUGUUGUCUCUCAAAUAAUCCAAAGAGUGGAUUCUUAGAGGUUUUGAUGCAUUUGUGGACAGUAUAUGAUUAUAUUGACAAUGUUGUUUUUGAAGACAAAUCAAAAGAUAAUGUGGUAUGCUAUAACACAACGUUCCAUUGAAAAGGAAUAUUUUAGAGUACAUUAACCCAGAAAGCAGGCAUUUAAUUGUCCAAAUACAAUGCCUUUGUGAGAGCCCUGAUGCUUUCACACUUAACCUUAAUGCUUGCUUUCACUCAGUGAUAUUAGGAAUACAUAUUUAUUAAUAUAUUUACACAUUGCCACAUGUAACUGAGUCAACUUUGCGAUCUCAGUUUAAAGGAUUAUAGUAAGAAUAAAAAUGUAAUAAUCUGUCCUCAGUUGUAAAGGACCUGGUGUUAUUUAGAAUGAUGUUCUGAUGGUAUUCUCUUCUACAAGUAAUGUAAAGAAUAACAUACACCAAUAAAAUGUCAGAAC